AUGAACCUCCAGCGCCUCCUCCUCGUCGCGUCGUCCUCGCUCGCCUGUGCCGCCGGCCGCUUCACCGUCACCCCCGGCACGGCGCAGGCGUCGACGUCGAGCGUCGAGAACGUGGCGUUCGUCAAGCAGUGGACCAUCUCAGCCACGACGACGACCGACGCGAUACACUCGAUCGACCUGAACCUCGUGGGCCGCGUCUACGUGCGCCACAUGACCGGUCUGCCCACGGGAGUGCUCGGCUACGUGAACAUCUCGGGCGACUCGCGCGCCGUUGUGGACGCCGUGUCGGUCGCCCACGACGACGUCAACGACAACGACAAUGACAACGACCACAACGACAACGACGACAACUACGACCAGGACGACGUCAACGACGUCAACGACGUCAAUGACCCGGACAGCGACUUGCACGUGUUCAUCCUGAGCAACGCGACCGCGUCGCUUACGGGGCACCUGCUGACGGAAGUCAUUCUCGCGUCCACGGGCGUCGUGACGGACGUUCAGAGCAAGCGCUCGGCCGUCGUCGUCGUGGAAGACGGCGUCUUGAUGACCACGAGCACGACGGCUGAGCUCCAGGUCGAAGCCAGCGGCUCGAGCGCCAUCUUCGUGGACGCGGCCAACGCGUCGGUGAGCGUGCGCAAGGUGCAGCUCGACGCGUCGGGCUCGGCGAGUCUCCAGUUCAACGUCGGGAGCCUCUCGGCCACGAACGAGGCGCAGGUGGACGCCCAGGGGUCGGGUCAGAUCGUGGUCCUGGCGCCGACGGUCACAGCCGGACACAUGGAGGUCGACGCGGAGAACACGGGCGCCAUCUGCUUCAGCGGCACGCAGGUCACGGCCACGACGUACCAGGGCAACGAAGGCAGCCGCGUGUCGAUGCCCAACGCGGCCGACAAACACGGGUCGACGGGCUCUGCGCCCUGCGCGAAGGCCACUGUGCCGCCCCGCGCACCGGCGUGUGUCGCGGUCGGGUGCACUACUGCGGGCGACUCGGCGGCGUCGGGCGCGGCCGGUGCGGCCGGUGCAGCUCCGGGCGGCAACGCGGCGGGCAUCAGCGCGAGCGACGGCACGAGCGCGUCGUCGGUGCCGGAGCUCACUGCGCUUGUGGCGGCGGCGGCUGUGGCCGUGGCGAUGGCUACACUUUUGUAG